AUGGCACCGAGGAAAGAUGGUGACGUGGUGUUUUCUUUCAAUGGGAAAUAUGUUUCUUGGACCCAUACAGUCUUUGCAUACGCUGCUUUCCUCGGGGCGUUGAUCGUCGGAGUCUUGCUGCACUAUCACAAAAUUGUACAAAAUGAAUACUAUGGAUAUCCCGACGAAUGGUUUCCCUCCGUCUCUGCCACCAUUGGCGACCGAUAUCCUGAACGCUCGGUUUUCAUGGUUUUCAUUGCCAUCACUUCAGGUCCUCGAUUUAUUCUCGUUGGCCUAUGGUAUCUCCUCACCAGGCGACCGAACUCGAAUCUCCCAGGCAUUGUCGCCGCUAUCGGAUUGUUCAGAACAUUCACAUGUGGAGGGUGGACAUACGUGACUUCUACGGAUGACCACGACUGGCAUGAUAUCUUCAUGAUCUCAUACCUUGUGGCAACUCUUCCGUGGACAUUAGGAUGUCUCGCGUUGAGUCCCCCGAACCUCAAAGCUGUCAAGUAUCGGAAGAUUCUGGCCGGCCUGUUUUUCGGUACCCUCGUACCUCUCAUUUACUUCUUCAUUCAGCACAAGGUCCACAAAGUUGCUGGCGCCUAUACGACCUACGCCUUUUUUGAAUGGUCACUCAUUUUGUUCGAUGUGGCUUUCGACGCUGUGACCGCACUUGACUUUGAGACAUUCGAACUUGUGGUGAAGGAUGUGAAGGGGCUCAGCAGAGGUGACGCGAGACUCCUUAAAGACUCUGUGAAGGAAAAAGAACGUGACAGCACCCUGAUCCAAACAUCCACUUUCGAAGGACCCUAUUACUGGCCAGCCAUGCUAGACGCUGCCGCAGAUAUUUACCAUGGUUUCGUUUUCUGGUCGAUUCUCACCUCGCUGGGUGUUCUUGUCUGGUACUUCCCGUUAUGGCAUAUGGGCAUCUCCGGCUACGAAGUCAUGGUCAUGUCGACAAUCUCACCUCUACUUCUCGGCGUGCCGUUCAUUCGAUCUCUCACGAUUAAACACGUCAGAUUGGUUCACUUGUCGUCCUUGGCUGGGCUCCUCGCAUGGCUAGUGAAAGAUCCUGCAAGCCGAUUGUUCACCGUUGGAUUCGCUGUCUGGAUGGGAUGUCUGGCGUGGUCCGCGGAAUGGUACGCUGAACGGAGAGAUUCAGGACGACUUCAAACCAGGAUUCUGGCGUGGUGUAUUGGCUUGAUCCUCUCCAGCAUUGCAAAGUUUGCGAAUCACACCAAUAAUCCUCUAUGGCCGAUCUUACAUCCUGGCAACGGUGGCUGGAAUAAGACCGGUGUAGUACUUGCCGUUCUUGCCAUUUGGCGAUCAACACGACCCAGCUCCACAAGCGGCGGAGAUUACUUCGCACCAACCGCCAAAAAGGGCUCCGGUAUACUGGCAGGGGCCGGUCUCGGAGGACUCUUCUUCGCCAUGCACUCCUUGCUAUCGGAUUCGAGUACCAUGAUCUUAUGGGUCUGGGAAGGAUAUCCUGUUCGAGGCCCGUUGGCUGUUCCUCACGGUGCCGUCACGAUAUUUGCGAUGAGCGCGGGCCUGUUUCUCGGAGUUGCUCUGCCCAAGUUCUUCAGAUCAUGGACAGCUUACGGACUGGGCGCUGUUGGUGCAGCAUUUAUCACCUCCUACAGCAAUUGGCGAGGCUACUACGGCGGCCUUGUUCUAGCGUUCUAUCUCAUGGGAGUUGCUCCUGUUCUCAUUUCUUCCGCCGUCCUGCACAACCCGGCUUCCACCUUUGGUUGGGGCUUUUUCGUUUACAAUGUGAUGGUGUUGUUCCAUGUCUGGGUUGUGGCAUAUGCUUUCGUGCCAGGUGGACCGCUCGUACGUGAGCAUACUGACUGGAUCAUGGUCACCACCAUGCUGUUGAUCGGUGCUGGUGUCUUUUCAGCGUUGACCACUAAUGCGGGGUAUCAGCAAAAGAGCAAGACAAGUCCCCGGGGACGGAAGCAAACGGCAUACUAUCUCCAUCUCCUGUUGGCCCUCCAACUGUUGGCGGCGUCAGUCGCAUAUCUUCGCUUCCCUACGAACGACUAUCAGCCUUAUCACAAGGACGAGAAGUUGAUUACGGCCGGAAUCUGGACCAUCCAUUUCUCACUUGACAACGACAUGUGGUCUUCUGAACGGAGAAUGCGUGAUGCCAUCAAGGAUCUUGAACUCGACGUGGUAGGGCUCCUUGAAUCAGACUUGCAGCGUAUCAUCAUGGGCAAUCGAGAUACUACACAGUAUCUCGCAGAAGAUCUGGGCAUGUACGUGGAUUACGGCCCAGGCCCCAACAAACACACCUGGGGAUCAGCGCUGCUAUCAAAAUUCCCCAUUCUCAACUCUACUCAUCACCUUCUUCCUUCGCCAGUCGGUGAACUGGCGCCAGCAAUCGAGGCCACGCUGGACGUGUAUGGGACCGCAGUUGACGUGUUUGUCUUUCACUCCGGGCAGGAAGAGGACCCCGAAGAUCGACGCCUUCAGUCCGAGUAUCUGGCUCAAAUAAUGGGUGCCAGCCCUCGGCCCGCAAUUCUGUUGAGUUACCUAGUGAUCAAACCGACAGAAGGCAAUUACAACACUUACGUGAGCGAGAAAAGUGGCAUGCACGACAUUGAUGUGCGAGAUUGGGACCGAUGGUGCGAAUACAUCCUGUACAAGGAUAUCAAGCGUGUUGGAUAUGCCCGAGUUAGUAGGGGCACCAUCACCGACACUGAGAUACAGGUGGGCAAGUUUGUCGUGGGAGAACCGGUUUCAUACUCAGACGAGCGAAUCCCUGAGGAACAGGUUCCGCCGGGACGAAGAUUUCCAGCACUAUUCCGUGGAGAGGGUGUUCGAGGGCAUAGAUAUCAUGUCUUUGAUGAGCCAUGGUAUUAUGCAUGA